GCUUCACCAUACGAUCUUCGCCUAUUCUAUAGUUAUUAACGAUUACGAUUAAACUACCUAUACACUCGUCAUGAAAGUGCGUCGCAUUAUAUUUUAUUGAUGUGAAGUCGGAGUGCAAUACAGUCUGUGCAUUUUGGUGCUUGUGUCGAAUUCAAAUUUUCGGGAUCCAUACGAUCGUACAAGGGAGAUUGAACACAAAUUGUAGUCAUGAGAUACAGGCUGAUUUACACGUUGCUGGCCACCGCGCAGGAGCUUCUGUUCGGCAAGAAAUUGUUUUUCGACUGGCAGCUCGGCGACAACUGGGCGCUGAAGAGCAUGGAGAUUUUGGACAAAGAGUUGGCGGCGGUCGAAAAUGAUCGGAAAGACAGCGGUAGUCCGCGGCCGAAGGACCCGAACCAGCCGGAGUACGUGUACCGCCGGCAGAUCGUCUGGUUCAACACCAUCGGGUUCCUCGUGCUCCACUUGGGUGCCGUGUACGGCCUGUACUUGUUUUUGACAUCGUCGAUGGUACUCACUAUGCUGUGGACAUUGCUGGUAGCGGGUGCAAGUGCGUUCUCCGUCACCAUGGGCGCUCACAGACUAUACACGCACAGGACUUUCAAAUGCAACGAUUGGGUAAAAGCACUGCUGGUGUUCGGGCAGACGGUCGCUGGACAGAACUGCUUGUACGUUUGGAUCAGAGACCACCGGCAGCAUCACAAGUACAGCGACACGGUGGCCGACCCGCACAAUGCGUCUCGGGGAUUCUUCUUCUCGCACAUCGGAUGGUUGAUGGUGCGCAAACAUCCAGAAGUCAUUGAGAAGGGCAAGAAGAUCGACAUGACUGACAUCGAAAUGGAUCCGUACGCCAUGUUUCAGAAAAAAUAUUACAAAAUACUGUUCACGAUCUUGGCCAUGCUGAUGCCGAUGGUGGUGCCAUUCGUCCUUUGGGGGGAAACCCUGUGGAAUGGCUUCUUCGUGUGCUUCCUGUUUCGACUGAUGACAGUCCUGAACUUGACAUGGCUGGUCAACAGUGCUGCACAUCUGUACGGAAACAAACCAUUUACCAACGACAUAAUGCCCGUGGAGAACAUUUACGUGUCCAUGUUCGGGCUGGGCGAGGGCUGGCACAACUAUCACCACUCGUUCCCGUGGGACUAUCGGGCCGCCGAGUUUGGGCAGUACUUCAACCUGACCACUAUGCUGAUCGACUUUUUCGAAGAGAUGGGCUGGGUGUGGGACAAGAAGUACGCGACGCCGGCCAUGGUCCGGAGCCGAGUGACCAAGCGCGGGGACGGCACCCACUGCAAGUACGCCCGUCCGCAGUCGAAGGACGGCGGCGAGCCCUCCGAGCCCGUGGCCGACGACGACACUUACGAGGAGCUGUUCUGGCUGGAGGAGCGGUCGGCGACGGCCGCCGAGCGUGUGGCCGAGGCUCAGAAGGGCUAAAUUUCGCCGGACAAUAUCACAUAAUAAAUUAUACCCAAGUCUAUAUACACUAUAUUAUAUAGUUAUUAUUAUUAUUAUUAUUAUUAUUAUACGUCACCUGUGGAUAUUUUUAAGAAAUAUUUUUUUUUCUUAUUUUUUAUAUCAAUUUAUGUAUAUGUCGACCGAUGACGUGUGGCUCUCUCUCACUCUCUUUCUCGCUGUAUGUUCAUAAUAUUCGGGUGGCUUGACGAUAUCAUACCAACAUUCAUGACAGAUGUGUAGGAAUCACAAACAUUUGUUAUUAUAAUAAUGAUAAUAAUAUAUUAUACAGUGCUCGAAUUGGAAAAAUAAAAGAGAUACUUUUGAAGGUACCUUUUUUUAGUAUAGGCGACCCCGAAAUAUAGAAUAAAUAGUGUAGGAGCUUCGCCAAUUCGAGUACUUAUUUUACGUAUUUAAUAAAUAUCGCGAUCUUAUUCUAUUUUACGAAAUCUCAACUUUUACCACUUAUUUCAAUGCUAAAAUUAUAGCAGCUAUAAACGCUAUAUGGGUAUUAAUAUAGUGAUAAUGAUAAAUAUAUAAUUAUUGUCUGCAGUCAUUAUCUGAAAGAGUCAAUAAUAUAAACGUGUACCUUAAUAUAUCAUAAUGUUAAUAAUCUUUGUUGUUGUUUGGAAUUAUUAUAAAAUAUGUAGAUCGUUUAAUAGUAAUAUAGUCGUUUUUUAUGUACGUA